AUGAUUCAGCCGCUUGAUUCUAAUUCAAUCGAUGAUACUUACCAGCACACGUCACUCGGCUGCCAUCUUCCAAGGACACAUAUGUGUCGGUGUGGAGUGCAGUGUUGCAAAUCGAAAAAGGUUGCUAAUCUUUCUCCACGCCUCCAAUCACUCCAGAGCUUCUUUAACAGAAACCGUCACGCCGCUGACAUUUGGAAGACCACUAUGUUGCGCAAGGCUAGAGUUGGUUCGGCCACUGACUUUCAAUGUGGUGAACAAAACUUAUCAACGUUUGCAUCUGGCAAUGGAGAGCAUGCCACAGCAGCCCUACAGGCCCAUUUCCUCGGCGUUGAAGCAGAUUUUUUGGACAGCAAGCUGGGCGAUUCUAGCCGUCAAGGCUAUCCCCCCAGUCCAUACAAAAAAGUCUCAGCUCGCGAUUUGAACACAUUUUCUGCUGUGAAACAAUAUAAAAGUGCCAAUCUAGGACACGGCAUCCAACUUGAGUCGGUAUCCUCGACUGACAACCCAACUCUGGAAGCCCCGGAUAUACUCCUCGUUAUACGAGAAACUGUCACGAAACUUACCAACGAUAUCAUCGAUGUGGACGAGGAGCUAUCGAAAAAGAAUUUCGGUCCGUGUUUCUCAAUUGUGGAACACCUACGAGUGCUGCCAAACAUGCUGCUUUCACUUAUUGACCACCUGCAUUACACUCACCAAGAGUUUGAAUAUCCAUUGACUGUGGUAUUUCAGCGUUUGAAAGUUGGACACGUCGUUCGGCAGUACUUUCACAUCCCAACACGCGCUGAUGUCAUCAUCACUCCCUACAACAAGGACAGACAACUGGUUCGACUGGAAGAAGAGUGCUGUUGUGUUGUGAAUCUGCUUCACCCUAACGAUCCGCGGGCCCAGUAUUGUCCGCCGAACCACCGAACCAUAGAAGUGCUUUACGAUGAGGAGCACGGCCGCUUCGAGACAUUUUGUCAUCGACUCAAUCGCAUCCUCGCAUCCCGACGCUGCACAGCACGACUCGUAACCACCAUCCUGCGCCACUUCAACGGGCACGAAGUUGCCAUGACAGCAGAACGCGCCGCCGACCUCUUGAACCCCAACCAUCGACCACGCUAUGAAGACGUUCGUGCCUUUGUCGUGUCAGGAAGUCGGGCCUACUCCAAGAAAGGGCGAUCAAAGGCGGCAGUCGGCAGAUGCGCAACCUCAAACCCGUCAGCUGUUACGGAGACGACAACAAUUGGCAGAUCACCGCUCGGUGCCACAAUAUCAACACGGAACUCCGACCUAAAGAGCACAUUUACAGUCAAUAUCAACGUUCAUCGAACCAGAGGCAGCCACAGUGCUGACAAAACUGAAACCGGAGAACCGAGUAAAAACAAAAGCGAAAACAGGGACUUGCCCUUGGAGAAGCAAGCCGUAGCGCAUCCCAAUGCAAACAAAAACGUCUGCCAUCAAAAAGCGCCUCAAAGUGUCAAUCAAAAUCCGACCAAAAAACCUCGGACACCUGAUGCAGCCUUGCAGAAGAUUGAUACAUUUAUCGACCAAGACGUUCCGGACGUGUAUCACGACAAUAUGGGAAAACCAAACAAUAUCAGUUCAUUCUGCGACAGUUCUUGUGAAUCUGCAGAUGAGCGGUCUCAAAAAAUAACAUCACAGUGCAGAGUACAUAUAAAAGAAAUUCACGAGCUCAUGGUUUGUCUUUUUGAACGACUAAGCGACGCAAUAGACAUGAUACCGAACAAGGAUUUUAGUGUUUGCACAGAAAUCUUGGAUGUCAUGAAGCUAUUUCAGGAGACUUUUGUGAAUUUAAUAAAUUGUUUGCGAUACAGUCCAUACGAACAGGAUUUGAUGGCCCUAAAUGAAGGCCUGGUUCGGCUGCUAGCGGAAUUGGAAGUUCAACCUGCCUUUGUCCUGGUGCGGAUGAUUGAAUUCGGAUACUUCCUGCAUGAAAUCGGACGACACGUUAAGGAAGACUUUCUACCAACGUCUUUUGUUCUAAUUAUCCACGCGCUUCAAACUAGGUUAUUUCGUCUUCAUGCCGGUCGUGUGGUUCGUCAAAUAUUUUUCGUACCGGCUGCCUAUGAUCCGAUUGUGAGCACAUAUUACAAGAGUCGCCAAAUCCUGCGAAUUGAGAAUUUCUGCCACUGCAAGAUCGUCCUUCUUCCGCCGGACGAUCCUCGAGCACUCCAUUGUCCGCUGAACUGGCGCUGCCUUGAGGUGAACUUUGAUGAGCAGAAGGGCCGCUAUUUGGCGUUCAAAAAACUGCUCCACGAGACCUGCCCAGUGCCUGCCAAACCAGUUAUCUCAAUAGCUACAGUCUUUCGACGUGUCAACGGGUCGGAAGCCGACAUGUCUCCAGCUGAACUAUGCCAAUUCGAGGCAACAACUCCACGAAUGAGCGUCCAGUCUUUGGUAACUGACAUACAUACGAAACCGAGUCUCGCAUCUGCUCCACAGCUUCGACUGCAGGAAAAGUAG